GUAUUCUUGAAAUAACUGCUGUUGAUGUUGGAAUCGUUGCCAUCAAGGGCUUGUUCUCUGGCAGAUACCUGGCCAUGAACAAAAGGGGCAGACUUUAUGCAUCAGAAAACUAUAACACAGAGUGUGAGUUUGUGGAGAGGAUCCAUGAAUUGGGUUAUAACACCUACGCGUCCCGUCUCUACCGGACUGUACCGAACAGAGCCGGCACCAAGCGCAAAGCCAGUGCAGAGAGACUCUGGUAUGUCUCAAUCAAUGGGAAGGGACGACCCAGAAGGGGCUUUAAAACUCGCAGGACACAGAAAUCAUCUCUCUUUCUGCCCAGAGUAUUGGAUAACAAAGACCAUGAAAUGGUCCGACUGUUCCACACAAACGUGAAAUACCGAGAGAGUCUCCUGAAGCCCCCAAGCAAGAACCAGCGAAGAAGGAGAGGACACUGA